AUGGCAGACAGACUCUUCGCUGCGAAGCAAGGAGCAUACACGGACGCGUUAUCACCUAGAGACGCGAAUGCGCAACUACCGCAUCGAGCCACCGAGGUCGCCAAAGUGAAACCAAUCGUGGCGUCCAAACCCCCCCAGAAAGAAAAGGAGCUACCUCCUCAACCUCCGCUGCAAGUCCAAGAACCUCCCAGCUCGGACCGCAGAGAUGGCGCUACCUACCAGGUUGGCAAGAUGCUGGGCAAGGGGGGCUUUGCCGUCUGCUACGAGGGACAGUUGCCGGGACACAGGAAGAAGUAUGCAUUGAAGAUUGUCAAGUGCAAGAUGCCCUCCAAGAUGGAACAGAAGUUCCAAACCGAAUUACAAAUCCACUCCAAGAUGAAGCAGCAAAACAUUGUCCAGUUCCUCAGGGCCUUCACCUUCGACAACUGCACUUACCUGGUGCUGGAGCUCUGUCCAAACGGCAGCUUGAUGGACAUGGUCAAGCGGAGGAAAGGCCUGACAGAGCCCGAGGUACGGUUCUACUCAAUUCAGAUUGCCGGUGCUAUCAAGUAUAUGCACGCCAAAGGCAUUAUCCAUCGGGAUCUCAAGAUGGGCAACAUCUUCCUCGACAAGAACAUGGACGCUAAAGUCGGUGACUUUGGUCUGGCUGCCUUACUAGUCACAGGCAAGGACAUGCAGACCAUUCGCCGUACUACCCUUUGUGGGACGCCGAACUACAUCGCUCCCGAGAUCCUGGAAAAGGGCAAAAAAGGGCACGACCACAUGGUUGAUAUAUGGAGCUUGGGGAUCAUCAUGUUCGCCAUGUUGACCUCCAAACCGCCCUUCCAGUCCUCAACCACGGACGAGAUAUAUCGUCGAGCCAAAAACCGAGACUACGACUGGCCCAGGCCAGAAACUUCUGACAAGUACAUCUCACAAGAGGCCAAAGAUGUUGUCGCUACCAUGUUGGAAGACGCGGAUAAGAGACCAGACCCCGAUACUAUUGUGCAGCACGACUUUUUCGUAUCGGGCUACGUCCCGACAGCAGCAGAGAUAACCCCGAAGCUGCGUGACUUUCCCCCUGACGGUGACCACUUCUACACGGUUAAUCUGACACCGCGGAUGGUGUCACAGAAUCUGCGAAACCUGAAGGACAUGUGCAGAAGCUGUGAUGUUGGGCCCUGGAAUCAGACGCAGCUGGUCUACAAGAGCACCUGGAGAGAAGUCGCUUUAGAAGAGAAGGCAGGCUUGACGCCAAUCAUUCCGCUUGCGGAAGGUAUUGUCUACAGACCAUACGAAGAGGUUAGUAGAGAACUGGGCUUAACUCAAGUACCGAUCCGGCCACCUCCACAGCCAGUGGCGAGGCGAGACGACGAAGCCACUUCAACACAGCCAGCACCGACGGGGCUAUUACGAGCUCCGCCGCAGAGCUUCGCAGCCCAGCAAAGGGCUCAAAGCAAACCAGCAAGAACAGCUGCGAUGCCACGAGCGCGGACGCUGAAUGAGAUGCCGCCUCCUAGUGCUAGCGGCACUAUGCGGCAGCGUGCCAGGCGGGAACUCCCUCCGAGCUCAACGGAAAACAACCUCCCUUUGAGAACAGCUUCGAGUUCCAUCAAGGUUCCAGAGCUUCCUGCACUUACUCCGGAGCCAGCAUCUCAACAACCGGCUCCGGAGCCUAAGAAGGCUGCAGCCGAAAAAGUGCGAGAGGAACAACAUCCCAACCCAAACCCUGCCGAGAUUCCAAUGGGUACCUUGUUCGGUCCAAGGGAACGCAAGUUGGCAGUAGCAGAUUCGAGGCCCGAAAUGGUCUUGGACCGGCUCCGUCGGCUCCAGGCUGAGCUUGAACGUGCCCUGAACUCAAGGUCGAUGGCGAUCGUCGGAAAACAGCAAACGCCUUCACCGCCCCAUAUCGUCGUCAAGUGGGUGGAUUACUCCAACAAGUUUGGACUGGGCUACAUUUUGAACGACGGCAGCGUAGGCUGCGUGUUGAAGAGUAUACCGGGAAGUGCCAAAGGCAGUAAAACCGUCACCCUUCCGCCUAGUUGCAUCCUAGUCCGGGAGGCGGAACAGCAUUGCUCUCGGCGGCAAGACAACGGAUACCCUGAUCGGAACCAGAUCGUACCGAUGACACAGGCGAUCCAAUUCUACGAGAACAAUGGCGAGGCAGGCCUGUCGACCGUUUUCGUCCACCCUUCACAAUUCAAGAUAGGUGUGAACGAGGACGGCACACCUGGGAGAAUCCCACUGGGUCGAGACAUCUAUGAUUAUCGCAAGCGGGAACAUCUGGUUUUGUGGAAGAAGUUUGCCAACUACAUGAUGCAAUAUGGUCGUGACCAAGACGGCACGACCGACGACACUGGACACAUACAGAUUCCUACCUCAACCAAGCAGACCAUGCCGCCCAGCGAUGUCGUAACCUUUUAUCAACGAAUUGGCGACGUAGGCUGCUGGGUAUUCGCUGAUGGCCACCUGCAAUUCAACUUCCCCGAUCAUACCAAGCUCGUUCUCGAUGCCACGGGCACGUGGUGCCACUUCUGGCAUCUUCCCCAAGAAGCAGCAGAGAAGCUGGCGGCUACUGGGGAGCUUGAUGAGACGGCCCUAGAUGAUCGGGCAGUAUUGUCGUACCCCCUGCAGACGCUUUUGAAUUUUGCCGCGAAACCGGCGGUUCGGUCAGCCCGGCCUAUCACUCGAAAGCGUCCAGAAGUAAAUCCGAUGAUGCAGGGCAUUCCCGCCGCCAACGACCUGCGCCGGAAGGUCGAGUUCAUCAAAAGCAUCAUCAAGGAGUGGAUCACCAACGACGGUCUGGGCAACAGCAAGAUGGACCGGGAACAUCGGUUGAUGUGGACAGGCAGCCGCGAAACGGUGCAUAGCGGGCCCGGCAAGCAUGUCUGGGUCACCAUCGGAGCCAGAUGGGGCGACGACAGAUACUCUGCUGUUGUCGAUCCCAAGAAACCAGCCGAGUUAGGUGACGAGAUCGAGCAGAGGUCGAGCUCCUCUUAG